CUCUUCAGUGGUUUAUAUUUUGUAAUUGCAAUGUUACUCUGUGUUUGGAUUUCAAAGAAGGAAAAUAUAUGGUCAAUAGAACACUACAAGAGUAAAGAAACAGAAACUCAUGGAAGAUUUCGAAAGAGAAAAAGAAGUAAAAGCUUUUGAUGAAACAAAACUCGGUGUCAAAGGACUUGUUGAUGCAGGAAUUACCAAGGUCCCUCGUAUCUUCCAUCAUCCACGUGAUAACACCAAAAUUGCAUCAGAAUCAGAGGAUACAAAAAACUACACUAUUCCUGUGAUAGAUCUGGCCAACAUUCACGAAGAUCCACGUGCUCGCAAAAGAGUGGUUGAAAGUGUUAGAGAUGCAUCAGAGACAUAUGGAUUUUUUCAGAUCGUAAAUCAUGGCAUCCCUGUGAGUAUUCUGAAUCAAAUGAAAGAUGGAGUGUUAAGUUUUUUUGAACAAGAUAAUGAGGUGAAGAAGGAGUUUUAUACUCGUGAACCAAAACCUUUCAUGUAUUAUAGUAAUAUUAAACUAUACAAAGCAGUUGCAGCUACUUGGAAAGAUUCUUUCCUUUGCAACAUGGCUCCUGUUCCCCCUAAACCAGAAGAUCUACCAAUUGUAUGCAGGGAGAUAUUGUUGAAAUACUUGAACCAAGUGAAGAAACUGGGGAGUAUAUUGUUUGAGUUACUAUCAGAAGCUCUUGGUUUGAAUCCCAACUAUUUAAGAGAUUACGGUUGUGCUGACGGCUUAUAUGCUUUUGGCCAUUACUAUCCGGCAUGUCCUGAACCAGAGUUAACUUUGGGAGCUGUAAAACAUGCCGAUGUUGUUUUCAUGACUGUGCUUCUACAAGAUCAUGUAGGUGGCCUCCAAAUUCUUCAUAAAGACAUGUGGAUUGAUGUACCUCCUAUACACGAGGCUCUUAUCGUUAACCUUGGUGAUUUAAUACAGCUUAUCACCAAUGAUAAAUUCAAGAGUAUUGAACAUAGAGUAGUGGCAAAUCUUGGAGCACCAAGAGUGUCUAUUGCAAGCUUUUUUGGCACUGUUUAUCAUCAAUCUACAAGAACUUUUGGUCCCAUCAAGGAACUUUUGUCUGAAGACAAUCCUGCGAAAUAUAGAGAGACUUCAAUUUCAGAAUUUGUAGUUCACUUUACAACAAAAUGUACUACUGGUACUUCUCCUCUGAUGCAUUACAGGAUUUAACGAGCAUGCUAGUGAAAUUGACUAUGUGACUUUAUAUUUUUUUCAAUGUUUAAUUGCUCAAGUUCUGGAAGUUUUGAUGGA